CCUAACCUGCUUCUGAGAAGCGCGUAUCGCUGGCAGCCAGAACACCUAGCUGAUAUCGUGCAAGGAAGAACCACGAGUGUUUACGUCCAUAAUGGACGAAGUGAUAGAGUUACAAAAUAUGGAAAACGUAUGCAGGCUCUGCCUUUCCACCGACGAGCCAAAAUCGUCGGUGUUCGAAGUGGAAGACUCUCCGGUAUCGUUGGCCAAUAAAAUACAAGCGUGUUUGUCGAUUCAGAUUUUAACGACGGACAAAUUAUCGACGAAAAUAUGCGCGCAAUGUAUUAAAAAUGUGAAUCAGUGGCAUAAUUAUAAGGAAGUAUGCCUACGUUCCCAAGAUAAAUUGCAACAAUGGUUGGAACAGAAUUUACAAUCAAGCCCGAUGGUUGUAACAAUUAAAGAUGAACCUGUUGACUUGGACUUUUGUGAGGACAACAUUGAAGUUAUAUCCGAAUCUAAUGAUUCAGAUUUGGAAGCUACUAAUCUUGAAGAGAGUAUGAAUUCUUUAACGAACAAUGUCCAAGUAGAAUUAACAGAUGAUGAAAUUAAUUUUGAGAAAAACCAAUCAACUUUAACAAAAGAUGUGGAUAUAAGUAUAAAAUCUGAACCACAGGAUUAUGACACAGAUUGUACUAUAGAGAUAGAAUCUGUAACUGGUAGUGAGCUUGUUUUGAAUCCUCUUUCAAACACAGAGGAUAGGAUUAUGGAGGCUGAUUCUACUCAAAAAUCCAAUGCAUCCACAUCAGCAAGUAAGAAAAAAGCCAGAAGAGGCCCACAUACCCACUUUAGAGGUGCACGUGUUUUCAAACAAAAAUGCGUACAUUGUCAAAUUAAUCUUCACUCUAAAUAUUCUUAUACAAAGCACAUGGAAAGAUUUCACAGUGAUAAACAAAAUGGCACUAAUCAAAAAUCAGAAUUGGAAAACGAAGAAGAGCUUGUUGAAGAUUUAGAAGAUGAAUUAAUGAGCAUGGAAAAAGAUGCUCCAUUAACGCAAGUGCAACAAAACAUUAUUAGUCAAUUGAAAACUUUCAUGUGUUAUUCUUGCGAACAAACUUUCAACGAUCGUAGAAGUACACUUUCCCAUAUUCGUCAACAUAUGCCUGAUUUAAGGCCAUACACGUGUAUUGCGUGUUUGACAGAAUUCCCAGAUCGCUCGAUGUAUAAACAACAUUGUAAAAUGUCAUUCGAAUGUGCGAUGAAGAUUGCACUCGUUAUACCGAAUGAAGGUGAAGAGAAAUAUUUCACUUGUAAUAUGUGUUUACGUCCUAUGCAGAAUAGGAAACAGUUGCUUAGUCAUUUAUCAAAACACUCGGAUAAACAAUACGAGGAAUUAAUAUCUCCUACACGAUCUCCUCCUAAACUAAAACCAAUAACUCCCUUACCAUCUCCAAAACAAGAAAUAAUGAAGGAGCCACACAAUGAAAGUUUAAAUAUACCACAUCCUUACAAAAACGGCGAUCCUGCGCACAAUCAUAUAUGUGAUUUGUGCGGUAUGAUUUACAGGUACAAACCUAAUAUGCUAAAGCACAGAGAUCUUUGUCAACGUUUAUCGUCUGAGGUUAGAACGUCCUACAAAUGUGUUCAUUGUGGCAUGACGUAUCUCGUGUUUAGAAAGUUUCAUAGUCAUAUCACGGCAGAUCAUAAAAAGAAAGAGUUCACUUGCUCUGAAUGCAACAAAAAAUUCAGAUCUCCUAGCGAUUUCUUAGAGCAUCAUGAGAUGCAUCGAAUGGCGCGUAAUCAGAAACAACCUCUUCAAUUGAAAAGCGAUUUAAUGAAGCAUAAACAGAAUUUAUCGACGUCGUUCAAAGACUGGGAUAAAUUCGAAGCUGAAAUGAACGCAAAUCAAUUAUCUGAUAACAAUCAAUACAGUUGUGCACUGUGCAAUCUGGAAUUCUCAACUAGAGCUGAAUUAACGGAACACAGGAAUCUUCAUUUGAAAGUGAAAAUCUAUUCUUGUGUUAUCUGUCGUAGCAUGUUCAGUAGUGCAGGUGCUUUGGAAAUUCACAUGAAGGAUCAUGGUAUAGAAGACCCGAAUGAGAGAAAUGCAAAUAUUUCGUGUGUAGAAUACGGUACCGUGGAAGAUGAUUCACGAGAUUCAAACUCAAUGAAUUUAAGUGCUAUCUCGGAUCCAGGGCCAAAACAUAAUAAUUGUAAAAAAUGCGGAAGACAAUUCUCAAAUACUGCGAAUCUCAAGAGACAUAUAAGGAACAUUCAUCCGAUCGAAAAACCUCCUUACAAUUGUUCUCAUUGUUGGCUAUCAUUUAAGAGCAAAGAAAUCCGAGAUCAGCACAUUACAUCCGCACAUUCAAAAGCUUCGAAAACUAUGCUUCGAUGUCCUCAAUGUCCACAGACAUUUGUCUUUGAAGCCAAUUUAGAUCUUCAUUUCAAAAAUCAUCAUAAAGAUUGUCGUUUCAAAUGCGAUAUUUGCGGUAAAGAAUUUUUGAAGGAAGGCUCGUUGAAGAUUCAUAGAAGUUGGCACAAUAGAGAAAAUUAUGGACAGAGUUUGAAAUUUAUGAAGAAAGAGGAUCAGAAACCUUUGGUAGAACCUAAAAAAGAAGAAUCAUUCAAUACGAACGUUAGUGGUCGGCCGGCUAGAGCACGAAAAUCCUAUCCGAAUUCAUCUCCGACAAAACCUAAUGGCAAUUUCCAAUGUCAAGUUUGCAGUGAUAAGUUUAAUGAUGUAACAGAAUUGAGAAAACAUUUAUGGGAUGUGCAUUGUGCUCGUAACAAAAGCGAGAAAAGCUUUUCAGGUGAUGAAUUCCAAUGCGAACUUUGUACGAAUAUUUUCCCUGAUAAGGAGACGUUGAACGUACAUAUACAAUGGCACAAGGCUCAACCCAUCUUGAGUGACAUUCGAAAGACCAAUUUCCCUUGUGAUAUCUGUGGAAAACUUUACAGUUCCAAAAAGGUAUUGGCGAGACACAAAAAACUUCAUAAAGCGAGCUCCGUGGCUAUUAGCAACUUUUCCAGCAAUCAGCCUUUAUGCACAAUUUGUCAUAAAGUAUUUAACAGUAAUCAGUCGUUACAGCGUCACAGGCUUAAUUUGCACAGCAAUAUUUUCUCUCAACGACCUCAAACACAACAGUACAAUAAUACGAGAAGAAUGUCUCAAGAAGAAUCAAAACCUAAAAAAAUAAAAUUAGAAGAAGAAGAUAAAAAAAUACCAUUUGCUAUGGAUGCCAUGAGCGCAGGCAGAAAGUCGGUAAUGUGUCACGGCUGUAAAAAAUUCUUCCCUAAUAUGAGUGUACUGUAUAAACAUAAACAAUUGGUACAUAACAAAUCUCACAUGAUAAGGAACAUCGCGAAAUCAUUCACAAUGGAAUGUGUACCAUUGCAUUGCAAUGAUGGAAAAGUCGCAUGCAACAUUUGCUAUAAAAAAUUCUCCGGUAUACCGAAUCUCCGUCAGCAUUUCACUGUGAAACACAAGAAUGACCGGCCCAAAUAUAAGUAUGCUUGCUCUAUAGACGGUUGCAAGCUCACGUUCCCUACACAAUUGACCUUAAAGCAUCACGAAUUAUCGCAUACAGUCACUAUGUUCAGCUGCUCCUUGUGCAAUAGACACGUGUUUAAUAGAGCGGCUAUGACGAAUCAUAUGCUGACAGUGCACAACACCGUCUACGACGCCGAGAAGAACAAGAAUUUCCAUAGAGAGAUGGAUUUGAGUAGUUACGUGGUGGAAGGUGCGGUAGAUGCUACUUGCCCCCGAUGUAAAGUGAAGUAUCCCAACAACAAGGCUAUGAAGAUUCAUUAUUUCAAAAUUCACGAGGGCACGAAUCAGUAGAAUCUUGAAUUUUUUCGUAUCUGAAAUAAUCUGCGGGGAUUCGAACAAGGCGUAUAGAUUUUAUGACGAAUCGAAUAUGGAUGAUGUAACGAAUGCUUGAUUCUAUGGACAGAAAGACUCUGCGAGUUGAAUAGGCGCUGCUUUACACAUUCUUUUUUACCAAAUCGUAAAGGCACACGUUAAUCUCUUUAUCCAACUUUAGCAAUUAUGAUAUAGUUCAUAAGAGCGUGAGGAAUACCUAGUAUUUCCUGACGUUUAUUCGUUUAGUGUGCACAAUUUAAAUAUAUAUUUUUUUGUUUCGUUUUGGAUGUCACGGGAGCUACUCUCUGUUGAGAAUAAGGCUAUGACAGGCCCGAUCGAUAAGUUCUGUAAAUAAGGCAUUAUAGAGAAACCAAGAAAAAGGGAAAAAGACCUACAUGGGAGAAAGAAAUUGUCUAUAUAUCUUUUCGUUCGAUGUUUUUACUAAAGUUAUAUAGUUUUUGUUGAAUGAAUUUUGCAUUUGUACAUCAAGACGUCAGUUCUCGUUUAGUGAACACUGAUAUAUUAUUAAAUCGGAAUUAAUAACAAUAUCUAUUGACACGUUUCAAAUCGACUAAUCAAAUUGAUAAUGAAUUUUAUUUAGAUAACAAACAUAUCCAAAUGAAUUUUCGAAACGUAUCCAAAUGAAUAAUUGAUAAGUAUUAUUGAGAAUCAGGUUGAAAUUGAUGAUUAGCUAGCUUAUAAUUUCAAUCAUUGAUUUGAAAUGUGUCGAUUCGAAUGGUGCAUUCGACAAAGAAUGAAAUAUCAUGCUGCGUGAUCUCUAUAUGAGAAAUAUUUACAUAGUAUAUCCUAUUUUGUCUUUUGUUUUCUUUCAUUUUUUAUUAUCGAGCAACGAUAAUUGUUUCCAUUGCGAUCCGUAGAAACGUGACAACUGGAAAAUUGUGCAUUCCUGAAAGUUAGAAAUGAAGGAGUGACAUAUUUUUUAAUGAUAUGUUUAAGAAGAUGGUGGAUGAUUGGGAGGGGUGAGCGAUAAGGGAUGAGGUUAGAUUAUGCACUUUAUUUUACUAAAACUGCUGUUUUCUGGAUGCUAAAAUGGAGAACUCUGUUGUUCUAGAUUUUAUUAUUAUAUGCAUACUUGUAAUGUAUGCAAUGUAUAAGCUGUAGCGUUUUUUGCAUAUAGUGAACAAAUAAAGGGAGAACUAAUAAGUGUAGAUCUUCGAUUUUCCAAGAAUCAUUCGAUGUUUUCCUCGUUCACAGGAUAAUGCUGUGAGGAUAGUGUUUUUUUAUAUAAGUUUCGAAUCACUGUUUUCUAUUUUAAAACUGCUUAUAAUAAUUAGGCUAUCAUGUUCCUCAGUGAAUACAUCUCGCAUUUAUGGAGAUAGUUCCCGUGGUGGCCAUCAGAGGGCUGCCGUCGAUUCAUGGUCUUGUUGAGUUUUAACCUUAUAUUCUUUCAUAUAGAUUCACAAAUCUAUUUUAUAUCGUAGAUAUUGGAAAGAUAUUGGAAAAAGUUUUUUUCAAUAGAUUUUACCAGAUGUAAUCAUGUUGAUUACGCAUCUCUCGUGUAUGUGCGGUUAGUUAUCUCAAUCAUAAUCAUUGCUUCAUGAUACUGCAGAUGGCAGCCAUCUUGAGCAACAAAUCUAGUGAGAAAGAACCUGGCCAGACAAAGACCAGGCGUGAACAGCUCGAUCGGUUAGAACACUCACAACUCACGGAUGAGAAAUAACCAAUUUAGAAUCGCGGUCCAGCAAUUUGGUUCUUUUUCUAUUUGUGCUAAAGCGGUAGAGGGGAACAAUUUGACUUCUUGUACUGAUUUUAGAUCAGACUAAUCGUAGAUCUUCUUUUUUAGCGUACAGUGUAUUCAUGCAUUUGCAAACACGCGUUAAACGUAACAAGUAGGUAGCUUCUCUGAUAAAACUUCUACCAGAUAUAAAAGAUGUACAUAAUGAUUUACCUUGUUUAUCAAACUAUCAUUGUUAGUUAAGGUUUGCUCGUAAUUACAGACAUGUGUUCGUGGAUAAUAAAACACGAUAUUGAAAUUUCGCACAAUAUCUGCGAGUAAUGUACAUAUAGACUACGCGCGUAUUGUUUAUCAAUAUCUUAUGUAACUGCAAAAUGUUUGUGCUAUUCGAAAAUACUUAUCUACAAGCUGUGUCUUUAAGUCUGGACAAAUCUUUAAGUCACUUAGUUAAUUUUCUAAUAUAGCGAUUCAAACAAUCAGAUUCCUAAUUGCUUUUGAACAGUAUUUAGUGAUUAGUAUUUGUUGUUGACGGUGCAAGGGAAAAAAGGAAGGGCAUUCCGCUCAUUCCUCCUGACUCCAUCUUUGAUGUUUCCAAAAUCCUCCCAUUGUUAAGUUUUUAGCGGAAAAUGUUGAUAUAAUAGUAAGAUAUGUUGUAGCAUUAUAUGUUUUAUUACAUCUUACGCUUAGUUUAUGUCCACAUCUAAGGUCAGUUGAUCUUGACAUAGUCUAUCGUUUAUUCUUUCUGUCACGCAAUGCUGUAUGAUUUGAUUUGUAAAUUUAACAUUUUCGGUAAAUAAUGAAAAUAUCGUGUGCCCCAUUUUAAUGAUUAUGUAUAUUAGGACAAAAUAUACAGGGCUAAUGUUUUUUCAUGUAUUAUUUAUGACUUCUAGUAGUGAAAGAAAGUUGCGGUUUAAAUUCACAAUUCAAUGCAAGUCAAAUUCUUCGUAAGGAAUCGUAAAUCAAUCUAAAUGUUUUAUGUAACGAUAGUUUUUUUUAGUGAAAAGAAGGAAACAUUUUAUAAAAAUUCUUCUAUUUGUUCAAGACUAAAGGGGAAAACAUUUUUUAAAUGAAAAAUUAGAAACGAUCAAAACGAUAAACCUCAAUAAUUCGUUUGAUGAAAAUUAAUUGUUGUAUGCUUAAUAUAUUGAAAUAUUGAAUGCAAGUUUCUUUCACUAUUAGUGACUAUUAGUUACACAAUUUUUGAUUUUUUUUUUCAUCCUUAUUAUUGUAUAUCUCGUGUAUAUUAGAGAAGGUGGGUCCAUUGAAUGUGAAAUCAGUGUGUCGCGCAUUCGUUCCACCCGCCAUUUUCUCAGAAACGCACUGUAUACAUCCAUUAUCGUUAAAUAAUAUGAAUUUAAUAUAAAUUUUAUCCUUGACCGCUAGAAACGUGAAUGUUUUUUGACAUUACGAAACGAAUGAGGAAAAUUAAAGUGCUAUUCCUACUAUGGAAUAUUUGCACGUCCAACCAUUCCGUCUAUCGUUAAGUUUCUUACACCAGAUGUUUGAGACGAUAAUUACGCUCCCGCAAUGAUCGUUCUACGUAACUACGAUAGUUCCGAACUUUUCAGACGAUAAUUGUAUAUCUGUAAUGAAGGAACAAUAUAUAGAACCUAUAUAGAACCUAUAUUUCUGUACAUGGAAUGUUUUUGUACAGUGUCUUUUUAUGUGGAUCAUGAAGAAAGACUGUAAAGAUGAAAUUCAUUUCAUGCAUUUUUAAACGAUCCGGGUUUCGAAACCCGUUAUCGAGCAACGUAAAUCGUAAAUAUUCGUUAUUUGCUUCUUAAUGAAGAGUGCACAGUUUCGAUGUUUAAGAAAAAAGAAAAAGGUGCAAUGUGAUGCAUUCUUCGAACGGACGACAAUGUGAGAAAACUGUGAAGCACUACUAAACCAUUAUGCAAAUACACGAACGUUGCAAUUCUUCUUUUUUUUUUUUUCGCAGAUAUUUAUCAAUAUUAUACAUAUUAUAUAUAUAUAUAUAUAAAUGUGUGUACAUUGCAUCGAUAUAUAGUUACCUCUAUUGAUUUCAAUAUCUCCUUUGGUAUAAGUAUUGUAGAAUCCGAAGAAAAGAUGAGGGAACAUUUUCUUUCUCUGUCUUCUUCGUGAAGAGAGACAUCCAUCAAGCGCGCAAUGAUUAAAUUUAAGGAUUAUAUUAUAUUAUACUACGAUAAGUUUUAAAUAUAAAUGAAUUUUACA